AUGAAUACAGUUGGAAGAGUAGGGAUGCAGAGAUCUGGAUCCAGCGGUGGACAUCAGCGUCAAUACUCCAACUCCGAUAACUUCAUCGAUACCAAUUUCAACAAUAAAUGGCUUCAAUCAGCUGGUCUUCAUCAUCUCUACUCUUCUAAUCCUAAUUUACCUCCACUCCAGGAUUUUGGGUUUUAUGGCAAUAAUGAUGUUGAGGGUUCAAGGCUGAACAGGAAUUCACAGAGAAUUACUAAUGCUGGAGGGAAUGCAGAUUCAUUGAAUCCUUCAGCUUGUUCACGUUCAUCAAGCUUUACAAAGUAUGGUAGUGGGGAGGAAGUGUCACUCAAUGAAUUUAGCCCUGGGUUACUUGAUCUUCAUGCCAUCGACACGGAGCUGUUAACAGAGGUUGAGAGUGAAAACAACUUGAAUUUGCUAAAUCAACCUUUAUAUGGUGAAGGUUUUGAUGAUCUCAAUGCUUAUGCCUUGACCAGCAAAUUUGCUAAUAUUUCCUGUGGUCCGACUGAGAACAACAUUCUUAAGAGCUCUUUGGCAGAUAAAGAGAAGGCCAGCAAUGUUGCUAAGAUUAAAGUUGUGGUACGCAAGAGACCACUUAACAAAAAGGAAAUCGCGAAAAGGGAGGAAGACAUCAUCAGCAUAAACCCUAAUACUAGUUCACUCACUGUUCAUGAAUCGAAAGUUAAGGUAGACCUGACUGAAUAUGUUGAGAAACAUGGAUUUGUUUUUGAUGCUGUGAUGAAUGAAGAUGUUACGAAUGAUGAAAUAUACUCGGAAACCGUGCAGCCCAUAGUCCCAAUUAUCUUCCAACGAACAAAAGCAACCUGCUUUGCUUAUGGGCAAACAGGCAGCGGGAAGACCUAUACAAUGCAACCACUUCCCCUCAAAGCUUCCCAAGAUAUUUUCAGACUUAUGCACCAUAGUUACCGAAACCAAGGGUUUCAGUUGUUUGUCAGUUUCUUCGAAAUUUAUGGAGGGAAAGUUUUCGAUCUCCUUAAUGAUAGGAACAAGCUGUGCAUGAGGGAGGACGGGAAACAACAAGUUUGCAUCGUGGGCUUGCAGGAGUAUAAAGUAUCCAAUGUGGAGACAGUGAAGGAAUUAAUCGAGAGAGGUAAUGCCACAAGGAGCACUGGCACGACUGGUGCAAAUGAGGAAUCUUCUCGAUCUCAUGCUAUUCUUCAACUUGCUGUGAAGAGAUUGAUCGAUGGCAAUGAAUCCAAGCCACCCCGGUUGGUUGGGAAACUAUCUUUCAUAGAUCUUGCUGGAAGCGAGCGUGGAGCAGAUACCACAGAUAACGAUAAACAGACAAGAAUGGAAGGUGCUGAAAUCAAUAAAAGCUUGCUUGCUUUGAAGGAAUGUAUUAGAGCUCUUGAUAACGACCACGGCCAUAUUCCGUUUAGAGGGAGUAAGCUGACUGAAGUUCUUAGAGAUUCCUUUGUCGGUAACUCACGCACUGUCAUGAUAUCAUGCAUUUCGCCAAACUCCGGAUCUUGUGAACAUACUCUAAACACAUUGCGAUAUGCUGACAGGGUCAAGAGUCUAUCCAAAGGUAACAACUCCAGGAAAGAUCUGUCAUCUUCGACAUCAAACCUUCGGAAUUCAGUCGCAUUGCCUCUAUCUUCAGUGCCAUCGACAAUGACGCGAUCUGAAGAUGUUAAACUUGACAGAUUACCGUAUGAAACUAACAGAUUUGGAUGGACUAAACAAACAGAUAGGGAGUUCUCUCCAUCUUUAAACAUGGAACCUGUUGGAAGAUCAACAACUCAUUUACCUUCAACUGUAUCUCCAGAAAAUUACAAAAGUGAUUAUGGAGGUACAGAUGAAGAAGUUAUGGAAGAUGAUUUUGAUAAUUCCAUGGAGACCCAUGAACCGAAAAACAUGCCAUGGAUGUCAGGCAACAAAGUGGAGGAAAACCAAUUGGAGAAGCCCGGCGCUCAGAUGAACCCAGUGGACGAUUAUAGUGCCCUUCUAGAGGAAGAGGAAGAUCUUGUAAUUGCUCACAGGAAACAAGUGGAGGAGACUAUGGAUAUCGUUAAGGAGGAAAUGAACCUGCUGGUGGAAGUAGAUCAACCAGGAAAUCAACUGGACGAAUAUAUUACAAAAUUGAACGUAAUUCUCUCACAGAAAGCAGCCGGGAUUCAAAAACUACAGACACGAUUGCGUAAUUUCCAGAAACGUCUAGAAGAAUACAAUGUUCUAUCAUCUGCUUCAGGUGGCAACUGAUUCAACGAACCCGACCAAGGUGAGUGGCUCGUUUCUACCUUAUUGUGUUAAAGAUUCGAGUGUUUGAAGCGUUUUUCGUGGGUUUCAGUGUGAGUUAUGUAACAUGUGUAACUUGUGGUGAUUUAUAGAAAUCAAAAUGUCGUUUUGAUUUGAUUUAAGAAAACU